UUUGCCCUGAACUGCGGUGCGUGUGCGUACAUACUUAUGCGUGACGAUAUAUUAUAAUAAUAAUAAUAAUAAUAAAAUAUCGAGAUAUAUGCAUAAUAAUAAAAUAAUAAUAUAAUUGAUUAAAUUAUAACAUUAUUAUAAAGUAACGAGUGACAAGUGACAACGCCGUAGUGUUGUGCGCAUCGCGUCUAUUCAUACGAUACUACCAUCGUCGUACCGAGACACACUCUGCGGCGGGCGUUAACUUUUUAAUAAUAUUGUAAAUAAUAAUAUUGUUUUUACGCGGUACACGUCGUCGAACAGUACAAGCUCACCGGCUAACGACGACGAUGGCCAUCGUCACGGAGCGCGCACCGGCCGCCGGGUCAUCAUCGUCAUCAUCAUCAUCAUCAUCCGUAUGCGUACAAUAGUUGACCGAAAAAAGAAAUCGUCCGACGUCGCCGUCACCGCCGCCGCCGCCGCCGCGUCGCGCGCGCCUGCUGCUGCCGCCGCCGCCGCCGUCACCGCUGCUGUUGCUGCUGUGGCCGUCGCAGCAGUAGUAGUACACACGGACGAAUCCAUCACGGUGCCCCGCGAUUAUGCGGCCUGCUAGCGACGGACGAUACGUGUGAACCUUAAAUUGAUAAAAAAAAUAAGAGGAGAGGAAAUCGGCUGGAUAAAAAAAAAAGUUAAACUCGCGUUUAAUGCUACACGCGGCGUGACGGUGACCCGUGGACGCGACACACCAGGCAGAAACGACGAGCGCGUACGUGUGGAAGACGACGAGCGUCGAACAACCAGCACCAGCAGUACCGGCGUAGCAACACAUCGUGGCGAGCGAGGAUCGCGUCAGUCCAACAAUGUCGAACAACAGCCAGAAGCUGCCGACCACCGAGCGGGUUAUAAAAAGUGUACCAUUUCCACCGGGUCGGAAGUUGACCACCGCCGAAAUAUGGGACUCAAGGACAAACAAACCUCGACCAGAUAUAUUGAAACAGCACUUCAUACUCGAGGGUCGGAUAGACGAAGCGGCCGCGUUGCGCAUCGUCAACGAGGGCGCAUCGUUACUCAGAUCCGAAAAAACCAUGAUAGACAUCGAAGCUCCUGUUACCGUUUGUGGCGAUAUUCACGGUCAAUUUUACGAUCUAAUGAAGUUAUUUGAAGUCGGUGGUCCUCCUGCGACAACUAAAUACCUAUUUUUGGGUGACUACGUGGACAGAGGGUAUUUCAGUAUAGAGUGUGUGCUUUACUUGUGGGCUUUGAAGUUGUGCCAUCCCACUACAUUAUUUCUAUUAAGAGGAAACCACGAAUGUAGACAUCUAACCGAAUACUUCACGUUUAAACAAGAAUGUAAAAUAAAAUAUUCUGAGCGAGUAUAUGAUGCUUGUAUGGAAGCAUUUGAUUGUUUACCUCUUGCUGCGCUCAUGAAUCAACAAUUCCUUUGUGUUCACGGUGGACUCUCGCCAGAAAUACAUAAUCUGGACGAUAUCAGAAGGUUGGACCGAUUCAAAGAGCCACCAGCUUUUGGUCCAAUGUGUGAUCUUCUUUGGUCAGAUCCUCUAGAAGAUUUUGGCAGCGAAAAGAACGCUGAACAUUUCAGUCACAAUAGCGUUAGAGGCUGUUCAUAUUUUUACAGUUAUGCAGCAUGCUGUGAUUUUCUUCAGAGCAACAAUUUACUAUCCAUCAUAAGAGCACACGAAGCUCAAGACGCAGGAUACCGAAUGUAUAGAAAAAGUCAAACUACCGGUUUUCCAUCUUUAAUCACAAUAUUCUCCGCUCCCAACUACUUAGAUGUAUACAAUAACAAAGCUGCCGUUUUAAAAUAUGAAAAUAAUGUUAUGAACAUCAGACAAUUUAACUGUUCACCGCACCCUUACUGGUUGCCAAACUUCAUGGAUGUGUUUACUUGGUCUUUGCCGUUCGUCGGCGAAAAAGUUACCGAGAUGUUAGUGAAUCUAUUGAAUAUUUGUUCGGACGAUGAAUUAAUGACCGAAGGCGAAGAUACACUUGAAGACGCCAUUGUUGUUAAACCGAUAGUUCCGAAAAUGCCCGCCAAUUUGAGAAAAGAAGUUAUAAGAAAUAAAAUAAGAGCAAUUGGAAAAAUGGCAAGAGUCUUCUCUGUUUUGAGGGAAGAAAGUGAAAGUGUAUUGCAGUUGAAGGGUUUAACUCCAACUGGUGCUCUCCCUCUUGGAGCGCUGUCUGGCGGCAAAACAUCGUUAAAAAAUGCACUUCAAGGUUUCUCUCCUAAUCAUAAGAUUACUUCAUUUGCUGAGGCAAAAGGCCUUGAUGCAAUUAAUGAAAGAAUGCCACCACGUAAAGACACACCGCCAUCUAACCAGUGCUCGCCAUCUAACAUAGCUACGUCAUCAACUACACCAGUGACACCUGUAACAGAAGAUAAAUCGCCAUCCCCAUCAACUACUCAGAAACCAACAUCAUCGGAACAACCAUUAACAAAUACCACUAAUUCAUGAUUGCCAUACAUUUAGAUUUCAGAUUACCUAGCUAUACCAGGAUCUAUGUGCUGUUAUCUUCUUUAUACAGUCUACAGUUUAUUCAAUUCAAUAACUACUAAAAUUAUUAUAAUAAUAUAUCAUAUUCAUUUCAAUGGUACAUUUUAAAUUAAAAUAUUUGGCACCUUAAAAAAAAAGUUCCUGGGGACAAUUAUGUCAAUAUAAAUAAUAUAUAUAAUAUAAUUUUCUUUUUUUUUUUGUAAAUUAUUGUCUUAUAUUUCUACGAUUUUAAUUUGCUGUUUUUGUUGUUAUUUUGUUUCAUUUUUUAUGGUUAUUUCAAAUCUUAAACCUCAGUUUAAAAUAAGAAUGGUCAGGUAUCUAUUGGACUAUACUUGUGCAUCGCUUGUUUUAUCAAUAUCUAAGGCAUAAUAUCUUUUGCUAUACGAUCUCUUCAUUUUACUGUACACUCUUUUCAUAAUGACAAAAUAUCAUUAAAUUAAUGAGUAUUUUAUAUUAAUUAUUAUUAUCUAAUAAUUAUUUACAUUUUCCCAUUUAAUUUUUUUAUCUCAAUAUAAAUCGAAGAUAUUUUUGACAUAUAUCACAUUAUCAUUCUAUUACGUAUCAAUUGCAAUGUGCAGUAAAAUGUGAUGCGUCACAAUAGCCUAUGUAUUAUGCUAAAUAUUUUGCCAUUAAUUUUGUCAAAUCUAAAAAACCAAAAAUAAAUACACAUAAUUAAUUUAGCAUAGGUAUAUCUUUAUUAUAUAUAUACUAUAUACAUACAUUAAUAUUUAUAAAUAUUUCUUUAUUAAUACUAUUUUGUAUAUAUUAUAAUAUUUAAAUAAAACCAUUAUAUUAAUAUAUCUACAAUAAAAUGAAUUUUAUAUUUAGGUCCUGCAAAUUUAAACAUUUGUCUUCAUUUUUUCUUUAUAGUUUAAAUUAAUUAAAUAUUAUUGAUUGAAAAACUUGUUAAUAAUUCACUCAAUUUGAAUUACAUUAUUAUCAUAGCUACUAGUUUUUAACUAUUAUAAAAAAAAAUUUAAUAGUAAUUUUUACUGUUCAGCCAUUUUUUUGAAAAAAAUGGAAUAUUGUCCUUGUUUUAUUUCUAUUAUAAACAAAACUAUUGCUUAUUAUGCAGGAAUAAUUAACGCUCAUUAAUUAUAUAUUUUUUCCACAAUUAUUUAUUUCAAUUUGUUAUCCAUUUCCAUCUUUAGUAAUAUUAUUGCACGUGUUAUCUGCAGUUGUAAACAAAUACAAUAUAGAAAAAAAAAUGAUGUCAAUCACAAUUUUUUUUCCUAUCAUUAUAAUAUCACUAAUCUUUUAUUAUAAGACUGUUAAUUUAUUCGUACAAAGACUAUGAAUAAAAAGUAAAAUUAUUAAUAUUAUAUUUAGCGGAUUAUAAAAACCAAACCCUCCCUAUCAAAAAAUGUAUGUAACUUUUUUUCUAUUGUGUGACCACCAAAAAUUCUUUUAUACAUAAUAUAAAUAAUUUAAGACCAAAAUACCCUGUUAAUUCUUCUAUGUUUAUUUGUUUUCAGAAGUUAAAUAAAACUUUAUACAACUUGA